CAUUUAUUCAAUGCUAUGAUCACAUCUACGGCACGCUGCAAUCACCGCCGUACCCCAGAGACACCAGGAAAAAAUAUAUGGUCGCUCUUCUUAAUAGGACCAUAUCACAACAUUCCAAAAGAAGCGGACUUGAUAUCGAAACUCUUGCGGUCAUGAUGGUGUAUUCUUUAGUAAGCCACCACGAAAAUAACAAUUUUUGUUGUGGAGAAUCGUGUUUAAACGGAUGUACCCAUCAUUACCUUUACGUGGCCAUGAAAUUGGCCUAUGUUACACAAUUGGAGGAUAAGGCAACCAUCACAAAACUUCUUUUAAAUAUGUAUCGUUGCAAGAAUACGUUUGAAAAAUUGUUCAUUGGUGCAGUUGUGGGCGAGAGAGUGCCCCAAUUGUACGCUGACUGGAAAACUGAUUGGACCUGUCAGCACGAAAAUGCAAAAGCCGUUUUUUAUUUUCUCAACAGAGCCAAUCAGUUUAGCUUGAAAUUCGGUACUCCCAACCCGCGUUGUUUUUUGGAUGUGCCGAUCAAAUUUUACACUUCGUCUCUUCUAAAGCUCACUUCACACUUCGGUCAAAUCGACAAGGUGCAAAUGCUCCUUAAGCAUGGCGCUUCGGUUAUCAAUGAUUAUGAUGAGGAAAAUACAGCUGAAUAUCUUAUUAGAAGAAUACUGAGACUCAGACAUGACAGAGGAACAUACUCCGCGUCGCUUAUUAUUUGUCUUCGUUGGGUUUUAAGAACCAUACCUUCAAUACAGAUUCACAAGUUCACCAAAAACAAACAGCAGGACCGUGGUAGAUUCUUGACGUUGGUAAAAGAUGGUGUUUUGCCACGCAACAGAUGCGGAAUUGAUCCGCCACAAUUGAAACACCUUGCACGUUGUGCAGUCAGAAAGAGAAUGGCAGAAAAUUGUAAGCUUCCUUUUGGAAUUCAACAUUUAGAUAUUCCAAGAACAUUGAAACCGUAUUUGAACAUUUGCGAAGAUUAAAAUUCCUAUCAGUUACCAAGCAGUUAAUAAUAUUUGUUAAUUAAAUAAUUAUUAAUGAUUAUAAAAGGUGAAAUUAAUAAUCGUUCUUAGGUCAAUAUACCUAUGAAAACCUACACAACUGUAAAAUCUAGUUGCCUUCGGUUGUUACCAUGGUUGUGAUUGCAUAAUGUUGUGGUGUUCAAGUUAUAGAAAUCCCUUGCCUGAUUUUUUUCAAAAGUUUUGCGAAAACUGCGAAAGCGAUAAACUCUGAGUAAGAUUUUUGAUACUUCUGAAUUUGUAAACAAACUCCUUAUCGGCAAUAAGAAUCCAAAUUCCUUUUGUUAUUAACACAAUUGUAUGUUAGAGCUUGUAAGUGGUUUUUACUUCGGUGAACCUCUUCAAAAGUUUUGCUGUGUUGUAGAGUCAGUAAUUCUUCUGCGCAGUAACCAGUGUCACAAAAUGAAUACAGAGAUUGUUGGAUUCACGUCCAUGUUCGACUUAUUGCAAAAUAAGGUUCGAUUUAUGGAUAAAUAUGCGGAAAUAUUAGGUCGCUAUAACCAAACUUCAAUUGUAGUAGACAAUAGAAGAAAACAUAUGGUUUAUCAUAUUUGUACGGCAUUAAUGAUAGAGGCUACAGAAAAAAAAUGCUCUGUGCAACCUUAUCUGAAUCAGGUGGUGUUGCACUUACUAAAGCACCAUGAGGAGUCACAAUGUUGUUCUGGACGGAACUGUGUAAAUGUAAUUACCCACCAUCACCUAGGUGUCGCUAUGACACUAUCGUACAAAUUUAAAUUGAAAAAUAAAUCAACAUUUAUAAAGCUCCUCUUGACCAUGUACCAGUGUCAAAAGACCUUUCAAGGAUUGUUUUUGGGAGUGUUUCGCAUGGAAACUACUUUUUGUGAGUGGCGUUCCGACUGGAGCUCUAAUUUUGAAAACCUAGUUGCUUUAAAAUACUUUUGUGUAAAAGCCAAUCAAUGUGGAUUGAAAUUUGACAAUUAUCGGUUCAUGGACGUUCCAAUAACAUGCUAUUCUUGCAGUCCCCUAAAACUUGCAGCACGUCUCAACCAGCCUCAACACAUACUCUUUAUUCUUAGAUAUGGCGGAUCUGUUUAUAAUAAUGCUGAUAUAGAAAAUGUUGCAAAAUACCUUGUGAAAAAAGUGUCCAAACAACAAAUUCGCAGCGGAUAUCAUUAUACUAACCUUCUUAACUGUCUACGGUAUUUAUUACGAGCCAUUCCCUCGCUAAAAUUGAAUGAUCUUUACAAGAAUGAUAAAGUAAAUUCACGUAAAUUAGUCGAUGAUGGAAUCUUGCCAGCCAACAGAGUUGGAAUCACCCCUCCUCCACUGGAGCAUCUCGCGCGAUGUGCAGUUAGGAAGUGUAUGAUCCAAAGUGGUACGAUACCUAAAGGAAUUAAGAAGUUAAAUAUACCAGAUGAUUUGAAGUCAUAUAUAAAUCUAUACAAAGACUAAUUUUGUAUUAUAUUGUUCUCGUUCCCACACUUUUUUAAUACUGUGUUGGUUGAAUAUGUAUUCUUUCUGGUAUUUAAUAAAUUGUUUAUAAAUA